AUGGAAAACGCAAAAAGCAAGAAGUGUAACUCCAAAAAGAAGUCGGGGGGAAAAAAAUUGGCUGGCAAAUUCCAGCCAGUAAAAGCUGAAGAGGAACAUCAGGCUGCUGGUGAAUCAAAUAUAGAAAGAAGCUCAGGGAAGGAAACCAAGCGGAAAAGAUCUAAGAAAGAUGACAAAGCUUCCUGUCCAAAAGAGAUGGCACAAGACAAUAAAAGAGUAAGAAUUCGUAAGAAGAUACCAAUUCCUCCGUUGCCCCUUAAAUUGCCACCAGUUCACCUGCUUCACCGAGACAUGGUGAGGGCUUGGUGCCAGCAAUUAAAUCUGGGUACCAAAGGCUUGAAAGUGGAAGCAUAUAAGAGGCUGUGUGAAUAUGCUUACCGUCAUCAAAAGUAUAUUCCUGUCUCAUCAAAGGAGGCCAGGGUCUUGACAAAAUCAAAAAGAAAACUGAAGAUGGAAAAAGAGGGAAUUACUCUGAAAAGUUUGGGUCUUCCUGAACUGUCUGCUCCCCCUGAGGAGGGGAUGCCUGCUCUCGGAAGUGCUACUGCUCUCCUUGAGGGAAUGGACAGUGUUGUCGUGACAGCUUCCACGUCAGAAGUUGUGUUCGCCUCCUGGAGCAGAAUCGCAGCCACUGCUGAGAAUAUGGAGACAGUGCGGUCACCACAAGAGGCCUCUGGUGUCAGGUGGUGUGUGGUCCACGGGCGAAAUCUCCCUGCAGACACAGAAGGUUGGGUUAAGCUACAGUUUUAUGCUGGGCAAGCCUGGGUUCCUGAAAAACAAGGGAAAGUGUGUGCACUCUUCUUGUUACCUGCCUGCAGCCUUCCACCCUCGCACCUGGAGGACAAUAUGUUGUGCCCCAAAUGUGUUCAUAGGAAUAAGGUAUUAAUGAAAAGCCUCCAGUGA